GAUAGCCAGAACCCUGCAAAAUUUUCUGUACAAAAGUCUGUAUCGGCAGAUGAUCGCGCGAACUCUGUAAACAACUCUUUCAAUCGGCAGAUGAUAGCGAGAACCCUGCAAUUCUGUGCAAACGUCUAGAUCAGCAGAUGAUCGCGCGAACUCUAGCAUUGGAGUUUAUCAAUGCUCAUAAAUUUUGGGUUAAUUAUACAGCGAGUAUUUUCUUCCCAAGCUCGGAGUGACCAAGUAAUUUCUAGAGAAAUUUUGUAAAGAAAAUCCAUGGAGGGCCACAACAUUGGAGGCAGUGAAAGUUAUGAAAACUGGCAGCUCGUCGAUGGAGAUGAUUAUUUGCUCCUAAGUGAUGAAGAGCAAAAUCUACCACAAGAAUUUGAUCUACAUGCAGGCACAAAUGAAUAUUUUGCUAGCCUGUUGACAAAUCAAGGCAGACAGGCUGGAUUCGGAACACAGUUGUGCCUACAGCAACAAUGUCAACCGCUAAGCACAAAUGAUUUUUCACCAGGUUUGUUGCCUCUGUCGACGAUUAAUCAAGGCGGGCCGGUAGCUUCCGGAGCACAGCCAUGGGCACAGCAACAAUUAGGUCAACCUGCAGGACCAAAUGGAUGUUUACUAGAGCCGUGCAUAAAUCAAAGGCAAGGCAAUCAGGCUGCGGCAGCAACACAGUCGCUGAUCGCACAACAACAUUCAGGUAUAUCUCCGGUAAUAUUCACUGGGGAUCCUCAUUCACAAAGAAAUAUUGUUAAAAUUAGGGCACCAGCUUCUCUUGUCAGCAAAAGACAGUCCGAUAAAAAAUACAGAGAGAACCUAAAGAAACGAAAACAGGACCUUGUGGAUCAAAAUAAAGGGUUGAAGCUAAAGGAGCAGCAAAUGAAGUCCAAACUGGAGGCAUCUGAGGCCGAAAAUGGGAGUUUGAAGGCCGAAAAUGGGAGAUUGAAGUCCGAACUGGAGGCAUCUAAGACUGAAAAUGAGAUAUUGAAGUCCAAACUGGAGACUUAUUUUGGAAGUAAACUGUGGGAUGAAAUCGACUCUCUAAAAGGCAACGUUGCCUGUUUGGAUCAAAGGACGCAAACUCAAUAUGCCUGUUUGGAUCAAAGGAUGCAAACUCAGUCAACAAAACUGGCUGAGCUUCAAAAUAAAUUUGAUAAAUUGGAGUUAAAGCAACAAAAUUGGAGAACAAAAAAGAAGAGCGGAAUGUCCUCAACCGAAGAGUUUGUGGCGCAGAUUCAAGAGAAUGAUUCUGUUGAUUCAGCACAAAAUAUUCCUAUUAUUAGUGCAGCAAAAGAAGCAGAGCUUGCCAGAAAAGAAGGGAUCGAUGAAGCACAUCUAAAUUGGCAAAGUCAAAAAUGGAAGAUACUUGAGGCUGAAGUAGAAACGUUGGAGCGUUGGGGAAGGCUGGGCAAAUUUAAUCGAACCGAUUGGUUAACUGAGUAGGAAACCGAAACUUGAAAAGUGGAUUGGUUAAAUGGUUUUCGGGUUAAGAAGUUUGGGUUCGGUCCGAAACCCAAAAAAUGCAGUUUGGUUUCCGGUGGGCUGGGCCAAACUCGAAAACCACAGUAGGCCCACCGAAAAACUGAAUUUUAUUGAUUAAGAAAAUAUAUAUCUAUUUGCUCA